AAAAGAUAAUGGAUUGUAAUGAUUAUUGAUAUUGGUGGCUGUUGGAGUACCUCUGUUCAACAUUUUCGGUGAAACGUUGCGUUCAUUCCAUCGAAUUGGGUUCGUCAUGACAUCGCAGUAGUCGCAAUCUGCACUAUUCUCUCACGACUCCGUAACGCCGGUCCGUUGGCUCGGCUUCAGGAAGUUUUCGUUCCGUGACUUGGACGUUCAAAGUGUCCAGACGAUGUCAAACAGUGGCACUGCAUCUGCUGAUUCACUGCCUAAUGUUGCUGCCCAUCUGCCCUCAAUAUUUAUGUCCCUACGUACUAAACUUCCGUCGCAUGUACUUGCCAUUCGCCCCUGGUCAUUGAGUGCCUCGAUAAUACCAACAUUAUUGGGUUGUACCAUUGCUCAGAAAUUAAAUUCUAAUAUUGAAUUUAGUUUUUUGACUCUGCUAUUGACCCUACUGACAGUAGCUUUGGUUCAUGGCGCUGGAAAUGUGGUGAACACCUAUUACGAUUAUGUCCGUGGAAUUGAUGGUCGCAAUAGUGAUGAUCGAACGCUGGUGGACAGAAUUUUGUCUGAGAAUGAAGUUGAAAGGUUAGGUGCUAUUUUAUACUUUUUGAGUUUCGUUACAUUCUUUUGGCUAGCUUUAAUAUCCCAGGCAAAAAUGGGUCAUUUGGCUGCUGCAUAUUUAUGGGGUUUAAGUAUUUCAUUUUUGUAUACUGGUGGAUUUGGUUUUAAGUACAUAGCCCUUGGUGAUCUAAUAUUCUUGAUUCUCUUUGGACCUGCAUCAGUGUUAUUCGCUUAUUUAUCUCAUACUGGUCAAAUUAAUUUAGAACCAAUUUAUUAUGCUAUACCCUUAGCACUAAACACUGAAGCUAUAUUACACAGUAAUAACACGAGAGAUUUAGAAAGUGAUAGAAAAGCUGGUAUUGUUACAUUAGCAAUAUUAAUUGGUAGAACGGCUUCAAUCAUUUUUUAUGGCUUUCUUCUAUUUACUCCUUACAUUAUGUUUGUUGUUUUAUCAGUAAGAUGUUCUAAAUGGUUUCUUCUACCGUUAAUUACUAUGAGUUAUGCUUUUAAAAUAGAAAGAGAGUUCAGAGAUGGUAUUAAUAUACAGUCUGUUCCCAAGCGAACUGCUAAAUUAAAUUGUAUUUUUGGAAUUUUAUAUAUCUUAGCCGUAAUGGCAGCUGACAAAUCAAAUUUACCAUUUAGUAUUAACUGACAUACUAAUAAAUAAAUAUUAUGGCUGUUAGUAUUGAAUGUUCUUACAAUAGGUUUCGAUGGUCCUAAUAACGUUCCUUAGGGUGUAUAGAUAACCUUACACCGAGAACAUUAUUCUGAAUUUUUUUUAUUAUUAUUGUAACAGUUUUUUAUUUUAAUCUAUAAGUACUAAAAUGAUUGUAUUAACUGAUGUUGAAAGAAUUUUAAAAUAACAUACAUUAUAUUAUAAUGAGUUAUAAGUUAUAGUUGACAAAGAUCAUAAGCAAAAUAUCCAGCUUUGGCUGAAAUGUACUGAAUACUAUAUUUUUAAUUACAAUUUUUGUUACAUAUACUAAUUAGAAAUCUUUAUUGUACAAACACAAUUUACUUUUUAAA